UUCCCAAUGACCUACGAUCAUGGUCAGUUCACAUUAUUCCAGUCCAGUAAUCCAGCGAGUUAAUCCAGUCCAGUGCUGGACUGGAUUAUAUCGUCCACAUUAUUCCAGUCAUUCAAAAGCUGUUAGAUCGGUAACACUAUAGUGACAAUGCUUUCAAGAAAGGAGUUUAGAAAUUGUUUUAAAACUGUUCAAUUAUUACUGUUAGAAGAAGUAACUGAUGUAGUUGAAGAAGAACUAAAAAGAAAAAAGCGGAUUUGGGUGAGAAACUGGAUAAGCGAAAGAAAUGUAAAAGGAGGCUCAACAAUGCUUUUGCAACAGCUGAAAUCAGAAGAUGCCUAUGAAUAUAGAUUGGCAAUGAGAAUGACAGCAGAAAAUUUUGAGGAGUUGUUAUCAUUAAUUUCAAACAAUAUUCAACGUAACGAUACAUUAUUAAGAGAUGCCAUACCUGCAAAAUUAAAACUAGAAGUCACUCUAUCCUUUUUAUCUACUGGAAAUAGUUACAGAAGCCUCAGUCAUCUGUUUCGGUUGCCAAAAUCAUCUAUAUCGCAAAUCAUAUCAGAAGUUUGUCAAGAAAUAAAAAGGGCAUUAAAAGAUCACAUCAAGGUACCAAGUACGCCACUCGAAUGGGGACAAAUCGAGAAAGGAUUUCGGAAUAAGUGGAACUUUCCCCUUUGCUACGGAGCGAUUGAUGGAAAACAUAUUAAAAUUACGGGCUCCAAGGAGUAUGGAAGUGUGAAUUUUAAUUAUAAAAAAGAUAAUAGCAUUGUUUUAAUGGCACUUGUAGACCACGAUUAUUGCUUUACCUAUAUCAACGUAGGAGCAAAUGGAAGUGCAUCUGAUGGUGGUAUUUUCAAAAACUGUUCUAUCUAUAAUCAAUUGGAAACUAGCGGCUUUAUACCAGAAGGAGGGAUUAUCACGUGCCAGACGCAUUGUCGAAAAUGCUUUUGGAAUAUUAGCAAACCGAUUUCGAGUUUUCGAAAAGGCUAUUUCGACAAAGAUAGAUACUGUGGAUCACAUUGUAUUUGCAGCUUGUUCUCUACACAACUGGUUACGAAAAAAGUCGAGCGCUUAUCUAACUACUUGUUCUGUUGACCGCGAUGAUAUUGAUACCCACAGUUUGAUUGAAGGUAUGUGGAGAACUGACGUACGCGGUUUAAACAGUAUCACACAGCAAGGCAGUAACCAUU